AUGCCAAGGUCUAUCGAUAGACAGCUUGAAUUCCGGGACGGCUCUAAGGAUGGCACACGCUACCCUCGCGAGGUGAUGCAGGGGAAAAUUUUUGACGCCAUGGGUGAUGAUCACGACACGCCCUGCCUUUUCAUGGGUACUGAUCCAACUAUCAGGAGACUCAUUGACUGCACAGGAUACAUGGUGUACUGCAGUGACCGACCAUCUAGCCGUGUCACCGACGAUUUUGCCAAAGUCAUUAAAUCAUCUAGCGGUCUUGACUACAACAAGCUCGAGAAGGCAAACUACACCAACAAGGACCAUGUCUCCCACAUUCGAUCCUUAUUUUACCUUCAUGGGUUACUUGUCUUACUUUAG